AUGGAAGCAGGUGUCACUGUGUCGGUGCAAGGAGCCGAUGCAUCGCAAGACGUGGAAGAACAGCAACGUCGUAUGGAUGCACAGCGAGCACAAUUGCAUGCGUUUAAGACGGAACAGCAUGAGCUGCAGUUGCGUUUAAGUAAAUACGCACACGAUCGAAAACUGUUGAGUGAACAUAAUGUAGAACUGCAAGAGGAGAUUACGAUCAUGAAGGAAAUGCUUGCACAGCACCAGCGUGACAUGGACGUGCAGGUGCAGCAUGUAAUUGAACUGGAAGGGAUGCUGCACGAGAAUCAGAUUGAUGCACAAAAAAUACACAGACUGCAGGAAGAGAAUGAAGAGUUAACAGAGCGUUUGCGACAAUGGGAAAGGAUCCACUGCCAGGAGAAGCAAAACCAUGCAAGAGAGCAGAAAAUACAGCAAGAAGAAUUGUUGACGGAGCUAGAAUAUCUAUUGGCAAUAUCAAGAGACGAACUAAUACAACGACAGACGACAAGAAUUUCCGGCGUUAAAGGCACUGGGACCAACGAGGAACAAAUUGGGCAAGCGACAAGAUCGAAGAAAUUAAGUGUUGAUGUUGAGCCUUUGAUGAUGAGAAUCAAGGAUCUAGAAGCGGCUUGUAAACAAAAGGACCAGACAAUUUGCUCGUUGAAAGGUGUGGUGGAGCAGCAGGAAACUAUAUUUGACGAGAAAAUGAAAAUUGUAACAGCGAAAUAUCACCAGGUCAAGGCAAUUAGUUUGGCGUUACAGAAGCGGAUCAUUUCCGUCGCAACGGAGUCGUGA